AUGAGCGGCCAAUCUUCAGUCGAGCGCCCUGGUGGACGAGCUCGCAAUGCUUGUGAUCUGUGCCGCCGGAAGAAGAUUCGCUGUGACAACGCACAACCAUCCUGUGAGGCAUGUACUUCCGUAGGUGUGCAGUGCACAUUUACCGAACACCCUAGCCUGCUGCGGAAAAGCCUCCGAGAUCAACUCCUCGAUGCCAAAGCACGGAUACGGGACCUGGAAGCCCAGCUGGCCGUCCGGGACCUCUCUCCCGAUUCCAGCCAGAGAGAGCGAAAUAGUUCUAUCGAACGUUCAGAAAACCCAUGGCUUUCCUUGUUCACUGUAGACCAUGUCCCAAACACAUACAGCAUAGAUACGUCGCUUGCAACAUUUCAAGCAGAAAUCGCCCAUUGUGGAGUGGGAGAAGCUGGAUCCACCAAAAGAGCGACUUUUUCUUCCUUAGUCUACCGAAAAACAGGCGCCCAAGUCGAUCUCGACCACUUUCUCGCCCAGGCUGCACAGUCGCUCAGAUUUCGGGGCCUUCAGAGCAGGACAGGCUCACAUCGCUCACUAUCACCAAAGUGGCCUCCCACGCCUUUGAUACGAUACUCCAUCAACCACUACUCCCAGAGUGGGUUAUAUUCCAUUUUCCCGGUUGCGAACGCCGAUGCCCUGAAUCGAAUGAUUGAAGAGGGUGUACCAGACCGUCAAGAUGACACCGUGCCUGCAGCGAACCUGGCCUGCCUAUUUGCAUUCACUGCAAUGAUGAGUGUAAUGCAUCGACUCAGCCCGGAGUUCGUCAAUGCUGAACCAGAUGCAUAUAUUCAGGCAGCACUGGGCCUCGUGCCUAGGUUGUUGAUGGAAAGGACCACGGUUAGAAGCUUGGAAGCUGUUGUGCUGAUUAUGACCUAUGUCAUGCCAAGUGGGCAAAUUGAACCCGGGCAACUCCUGCUAUCCCUAGCUACCCGAAUGAUACUCACUCUUGGUGCGCACCGAAUGUCCAUAAUGAGCAAGCUGGAAGGUAGACAUCUCCGGGCCUUGUUCUGGUUCUGCUAUGGAGCGGAUAAGAACAUGCUCAUCCGAUACAAUCAACCACCACAUUUCAUCGAUGCGGACUGCGACCUCCAAAUACCGGACAAUUACGUUUUGUCGUCGUCUGACAAUCAAUUUUUCUCAAGGCCUCUUUCACACAAUGAGCUACUCUUUCCCUCUGAUGUCCGACUUUCUCUGCUGAAGUCCAAAGUGUACCAUCUUCUUUAUUCCCGCCAUGCUCGAGCUCAGCCAGAGGCCCGUCGCCUUCAGUAUAUCCGUGAGUUAGAUCAAGAGCUCAAUGAUCUGAAACGCACAUUUCCGGCUAGUUGCUGGCCGGAUUUAUUUGCCACACCGUCCGCCCCCAAUUACACUUUCCAUGACCUGAGUAUGCGGGGAGUCUGUCUACACCUAGAAUUUUACUUCUUAUUAGGGAAGAUUCAUGAAGCGAGUCCUUGUCUUGAGAGCAACAAUAGCAUUUCCAGCUGGUCAAUUCUUCCCUCCAGUGUCGAGCUGUUCUAUCAGGAAUCUCGGUCUAUUCUCUUAUACAUACGUCAUGUUUGUGAUUUCCUGAACUGGCAUACUUUCUGGAUCUACGCCCAAUUCUUGCUGACGAGCGUCUUCUCCCUUUUCAGAUGUAUUAUCAGUUAUCCUGCCGCGUCGUCAAAUGAGAACGACAUACAACUACUGCAGAGCUUAGUGGACAUGUUCGCUGAAUUAGAUGGAAAGGAAUCAGAAAAUGCGAGGGGGCUGUUUCCUCCGUUUUACUUCACAGUCUGUCUGAUCAAGAGACUUGUCUUCCUUGCCAGGCAGGCCUCCAACAAGGCUUGCGAGUGA